AGUUGUAUUAUAGUUUAUCAUAGUACUCUUUCUGACCACAUAGAUAAAUCUCAUCCAUGAAAACUUAAGAUCACAGGAUAUUACGAUACGACCCAGCCUUGGUUUUAUCGACGACAUCUGAUAAGAUUUCAACGGUCCUGAUUAAGAGUUUAGUUUGUCGGUAGUAUUUAAAUUCAUGUGAUGCCCCUGCGACACAUUAAAUAAUUAAUUCCCUUAUUAUUAUUAUUAUUAUUAUUAUUAUUAUUUUGUUAUUAUUAUUGUCCGAUUGUUAAGUCUUUGUUUGUUUGUAUUUAAUAAAAAAAAGCAUUCAUACAAAAACAAAACCCUAAGAACGACUCUCCCAUAUUAUAAAUCAAGGAAGCAGCCCUCAUUUCUCCCUUUCUAUUAUCUUUCUCAACAUCACAAAUCCUUUCUCCCAAGUCCCUACACCCUCGUAUAACCCCUUUUGGCGACUUUGGUAGGAUUAAGUAGAGAUGUCUCGCACGUGCUCCCAGUGCGGGAACAAUGGCCACAACGCUCGCACGUGCACGGAGCUCUGCGGCGGCGAAGGAGGCACAUCUGCCGCCCCCGGCGAGAACGCGAUUAUGCUAUUCGGUGUGAGAGUCACUGAAGCCACCGGAAGCUCCUUCAGGAAAAGCGCUAGUAUGACGAAUCUGUCUCAGUUCGACCAGCCUCCUCUUCAUCACGACUCUAACGCCGAAGCCGGUUACGCUUCAGACGACAUCGUUCAUGCCUCUGGCCGCAGUCGCGAGCGAAAGAGAGGUACUCCAUGGACGGAAGAGGAACACAAGCUUUUCUUGUUGGGAUUACAGAAGGUAGGAAAAGGAGAUUGGAGAGGAAUCUCCCGUAACUUCGUUAAGACUCGUACGCCAACUCAGGUGGCUAGUCAUGCCCAAAAGUACUUUCUCCGCCGUAACAACCAUAAUCGCCGACGCAGGAGAUCUAGUCUCUUUGAUAUUACAACUGAUACUUUCAUGAAUCCAUCAUCAUCAAUGGAAGAUCUGACAAUCCUUCAGGAGUCUCCAUCAUCACUACCAGUACUGUCUCACCCACCUCAACCGUGUAAUAUCGGGCUCUUUCCGAUGAGUAUGGCGCGGCCAGUAAUUCUACCAAUCGCUACAGAAAACUCGGUAGAGAGUACUCUGGCAUUCGAAUCCGGGAGCCAAGGGAAUAAAACAGCGAUCUCAAUGCCAAUCCGGCCGAUUCCGCUUCACCCGGCCGUACUUCCCCCGCCAUCUGCCAAAAUGGCUAAUCUAAAUUUGAACAAGUCGUUAGAGCCCUCAAAUCUAUCGCUGAAGCUCUCUGGCCCUUCAUCGUCAUCGACGGAUGAAAAAUCGCAGCCCCCGCCGCCUCAACGACCGCCGCAACAUCCGCCCACUAAUUUCCAGGCUAUGCCGAAUGGUGACAGCAUCAUUAGUGUUGCUUGAAGAGUAUUAAUCAAUUAAUUAUCAUUCCAAUAAGGAAAAAAAAUAACUCAUUUUGAUGUGUACGAUAUAUAUAUAUAAAUAUAUAUAUACACACAUCUAGCUAGCUAGCUAGCUACCAAGAAGGAAGUGGGAUUAGGACAAAAGUUAUUAAAAAAAUUGGAUUGAUUAGACAGAGUUGAAUGAUUAGGUUGUCAAUUAGCUAGGGUAAUUAGUCUUUGUUCCUUGUCUGUAAAGAUUAUUAGCGAUUAAUUAAGAUUUAGGAUUAUAAGAUGGGCUGUCGUUUUCUAUGUGGGGAUUCUCGGUUGAUUGGUUGUCUGGUUCUUUAUUUAUGUGGUGGACAGAAUAGCAAUAAAACGCACAACCUGGUCUGCGUUUUAUUAUUUGGUCACACAUGGGGGAAUUUUAUGAAGAAAUAUAUAUUAGUAAUAAUAAGUAUAUAUUUCUGUAAAUGAAUAUAUAUAAUAAUAUAUGUAUUAGUCGGUUUGUAUUA